AUGAUUCAUAUGGAGAGUCUGGUGAUGGAUAUGAAGGCUGCAGCGACGAAGAAGAACAAGAGAAACAGAGGAAGCAACAGGGGAGGAAAUCAUAAGGUACUUAACGAGCCCAUGAAAGUGGUGUACAUCUCCAACCCAAUGAAGUUCGAGAUCGGUGCCUCCGAGUUCCGCAGCCUCGUCCAGGAGCUCACCGGCCAGGACGCCGAAUUCCCACCUUCCCUUCGCCGCCGUCACCACAGCAACAAUCCACCGGCCGCAGCAGCUUCCAAUUCGUCGUUGGACAACAGCAGUAGUAAUUGCAGCAGCCCCACCACCACCACCGCUAGCAGCUCUACUUUAACUGCUGCUACUGUUGAUUCUUGUGUCGGUGGGGAAUUUCGUCGAACAGUUGGUGCAGGUGGUCAUGCGGCUCCAUCCCCUGAAGAAGAAGAACAAGAAGAUCAGGACACGCCGCUGGCUGGGUUUGAAAAGGCAGAGGAGGAGCAGGGGAUGCUGCUAGUGGAUGAACAACAAUUCGACGUCGGCGGGGAGUUUGUGCCGGAGAUGCUGGAGAACUCGGCCGCGUUUCAUUCCUGGCAUCUGGAUUUUGAUUUUGCCGAGUGGAAUUGA